AUGCCAAAAAACGAUACCCAUUUUUGUGCGAAAUGGUUUCAUAAACUUGAUGAUACAAAACAUCCAUGUUCACGUUGGCUUAAACAAGGAAAAACUCCGUGUACAUUUUUAUGCAUUGUUUGUAAUGAAGAAAAAAGUUGUAAAAAUGGUGGUUGGUCUGAUGUUUAUAAACAUUCUCAACGACCAAAACAUCUUCAACGUCUUAAAGAUAUUAUUGAAUCUGGUCAAUUAAUUAUCACAACAACAUCAUCAUCUCUUGGAGUAAACACAAGUCACGAACGUGUGUUAACAUUGGAUGAAAAAGUUACACGAGCCGAAACUUAUUGGGCAAUGGCAACAGCUAAACUUGGUCUUAGUUAUAAUUCUUCACAAUAUAUUCAAGAAUUAUUUUGUCAAAUGUUUCCUGAUAGUAUUGUUGCGAAAGAAUUUUCCAUGAAACCAAGAAAAUUAUCUUAUAUAUUAUCACACGGCACAGGUCGUUAUUUUGCUCAAGUUAUGUUAAAUGACUUAAUGAAAGCACCUGGAUUUACACUAAUAUUUGAUGAGACAAUAGUUGUUGGCGUAAGAAAACAAUUAGACUUACAUUUUCGUUAUUGGUGCGAAAGAAAACAAGAAAUCGUCGUACGAUAUUAUAAAAGUAUUUUUCUUGGUCAUGCUACAGCUGAAAUACUUUUUCGAAAUAUGAUUGAUGCAUUAAGAGCAGAUGGCGUUGAUAUAACGAAAAUGUUAAUGUUGGGUAUUUUCUAA